GGCAGCUGGACCCUUCUUCCAGGUGACGGCCGCCACCAUGGGGGCUCCGGCCCUCCUGUGGCCUCCGCUGCUAUUGCCAUUGUUCAUAGUGCUGUUUGGCCAACCUCUGGGGACCAAGGCCCAAGUCUGCUCGGUGAACCAAACGGUUUUUCAAGUUGUGGAGAACUCGAAUAUCUCUGAGCCACUGGUGAACAUUUCGGUCCCAGGAGACCUGCGGGUGACCCUGGGAUCCUCGUCCACUCCUUUCGCAUUUAAGAUCGUGGACAACCAGCUGUUUCUCAACGUGACUCCAGAUUAUGAGGAAACCACAUCCCUGGUGGCAGUCCUGGAGUGCAAGAGAGGAGAGGUUCAGGUGACAGUGUUGAGGUUGUUUGUGGCUGUCCUGGAUAUCAAUGACAAUCCCCCAGUGUUUUCCUUUACAAUCAAGAGCUUUGAUGUAGCAGAGGACACCAGAGUGGGUACAACCGUCAUCCCCGAGGCAGAACUGGAGGCCAAAGACGCUGACAAAGAUGAUAUCCUAUAUUACACCCUGCAAGAAGUGACCCCGGACGCUAGCAGCUUCUUCUCCCUCGUGGGGCCAAACAACCCUGCUCUGCGGCUGCAGCAGGCCCUGGAUUUCGACAAGAUUCAGAACAUGACCUUCAAGCUGCUGGCGCGGGAUACUUGGGAUGAACAGACAGAGCCCAGCCACACGGCCACUGCCACCCUGGUCCUGAACGUGCUUCCGGCGGACCUGCGGACCCCCUGGUUCCUGCCUUGCUCCUUCUCAGAUGGCUACUUCUGCAUCCAGGCCCAGUACCAUGGGGUGGUCCCCACGGGACACAUACUGCCAUCCCCCCUCAUCUUGAGUCCUGGUCCCAUCUAUGCUGUGGACGGAGAUCAGGGCAUUAACCAGCCUAUCAUCUACAGCAUUGUAGGGGGAAACACGGAUGACACAUUUAUCAUCAACGCAGACUCCGGCAACCUCACGAUGGCCAAAAGUAUCCCCAGCCCCAUGAACUUCACCCUGCUGGUCAGGGCUGAUCAGGCUGAUAUGGCCCGCUACUCAGUGACCCAGGCCAUUGUGGAGGCUCGUGAUGGAGAACUCCAGUUCUCACAGAGCCUCUACCGUGGCACAGUGGUGCUUGGUGCUGAGGCUGGUACAGAAGUGAAGGACAGGACCUCCCCUUCUGAGAUCCUGAGGAUCCAGGCUCAAUACCCAGGCUUCCCGGACCUCAACUCGGCCAUCACAUAUCGAAUCACCAACUCCUCAGAUUUCAAGAUGGACGAGGAUGUCAUACUGACCACUGUGGCUAUGAAGCGUGCAGAAGUCAUCUAUGUAGAGGUAGAAGCUACCAGUACUGUGACUAAGGACACAGCCACCUCUGUUGUUGAGAUCCAAGUGUCAGAGCAGGAGCCCCCCUCCACAGAGUCCCCCACACCCCCCGAAGCUGGAGGAACAACUGGGCCUUCAAGUAGCACCACUUUGGAAGCCCCCACGACCUCAGGGACCUCUCAAGGACCGGCUACAACCAGCUCUGGGGGAAGUGCUGGCCCAUUCCCACCCUCAGGCACAACUCCAAGUCCCCCUGCCUCUGCCUCCUCCACACCUGGGGGGUCCCCUACUCUUGGAAUCAGCACCUCCCCCCAGACAGUCACACCCAGUGGGGGCUCAACACAGACCCCCAAAACAGAGACCUCUCAGCCAGUGGUCCCCAUUACAGGAACAAGCACCUCUUCUCAGCCAGCCACACCCAGUGGGGGCCCAACACAGCCCCCCCAGCCAGGAACCUCUCAGCCAGUGGUCCCCAUUACAGGAACAAGCACCUCUUCUCAGCCAGCCACACCCAGUGGGGGCUCAACACAGCCCCCCCAACCAGGAACCUCUCAGCCAGUGGUCCCCAUUACAGGAACAAGCACCUCUUCUCAGCCAGCCACACCCAGUGGGGGCUCAACACAGACCCCCAAACCAGGAACCUCUCAGCCGACAGCCACUACGUCCAUCAGGAGCCCCUCACCCUCAGAGACUCCAGGAGGAGGCGAGCUGGGUGACAGCCAGCGAUUUUCCACGGUGGACAUGGCAGUGCUGGGCGGGGUGCUAGGUGCCCUCUUGUUGCUGGCUCUCAUCUGCCUGGUCAUCCUCAUACAUAAGCACUACCGUCACCGGUUCAAUUGUUGCUCCGGCAAGGCUUCGGAGCCGCCGCCGCCGCCGAAUGACUAUGACAACGUGACCUUCCUCCCAGACCACAAGGCCAGCUGGUCGUCCACCUCCAACCCGCAGCCACAGUCAGGCCCCGAGCCCGCCCAGCCGCCCUCUGGGUCCCAUAGCCCCACGUUCUCCAGACCCACGCCCCCCAGCUCAGCACCUCCUAGCCCCAAGCUCAGAGCCUCCGAGUCUCCUAAGACCGUCCAGGCCGGAGACAGUCCUUCAGCCGUGAGGUCUAUCCUGACUAAGGAGCGGCGGCCAGAGGGGGAGGGCGGCUACAAAGCCGUUUGGUUCGGCAAGGACAUCAGGGAGGAGGCUGACGUGGUGGUCCUCAACGAGCCCACAGCAGACAUGGACAGCGCCAGUGCCUCGGGAAGUGAGGGUAGCGAUGAUGAUGAUGAUGAUGAUGAUGACCCUGGCCUGAAGAAGGGUCUUCACUUCGGCGCCGAUGACGACAGCACUUACAUCUAGCGCAGCAACCCCACCCUCCUCCCCAAGACACUCCCUAUUCCUCUGCAAAUUAAAGUAGCACUUUCGAAUUCCUGAGUCUUAAGGCGGGUGUGCGGGAGCGGGUGCCAGGGAAGGUCGUUCAACAAAGCCCAAUCGCUCAUGCCUCCUCUUUUUGAGCCGCGUUGUCUGGUCCCUGCCCUCCACCACUCUCAUCCCCGGCUCCCUCUGCUCCCCCACUCCAUCCCUCUGUCCCCUUUUCUCCACUCCAAGCGCGGAAAGGAGGGAGCGCUCGGGGUAAAACGCCUGCUGUGAGCGCCCAGCUGCUGGCUUCCGGAUGCCCGGUCCCCUCUCCCUCCGCCCUUCACACACACACACCGAAAGCUCCGCUCCACGGUAGCCCGCCGGGAAGAGGGAAGCCAGCGCUUGACCCAAUGUCGACCGCUUUGCUUGCGCGAAGUGAAAGAACCACAACCGCCCACGCUACAUGUACGUUCAUUUGGGAGAGGGUAGUCUCUGGGACCUUCCUGAGGGCCACAGCCUGGUUCAGAAGUCUGGCCCGGCAUGGUAGGGCACACAUUUAAUCCCAGCAUUUGGAAAGCAGAGGUAGGCGGAUGUCUGUGAAUCUGAGGCCAACCCUGUCUAUGGAGUUUCAGGACA